AUGUUCGGAAACGACAGUACAGGCCCCACUCAAUCCGGGAUCUUGCUCAAGUAUGAUGGGAAGAAGUGGCACGGGCUCAUCAAGCCUCACUUCGGCGGCGACAACGUGUUCGUGGACUUGACACACAGUGGAGCUACUGUGACGGCUAUUUCUCCAGGUUCGAACGCGGGGUACUAUUCGGAGUGGGAUGCGGUCAAAAGGAAGCAUAAGGGAGUGCGAAUCCUUGCCGUCGUGGGCGAUGAGCCCGACGACAACGGCCAAGGGUAUGGCGAGUCGCCCGUGACACAGCUCAGGGUUCCUGGCCCGCAGGAGAUGGAGUCAGCAGCAAACUCGUACGAAAGAUAUUUGUUCAUGGAAGUGUUGUCCAAAGCCCAGAAGCAGAAUGGGGAGAUCCAUCACCACAAGUCCGACGAUCAGAAGCACCUUGAGGAGAAGGGCGACGGGAAGCAUGGGAUGCAGCAGAAGGAGGGCAACAGUAGUUCGGACUUCACCGCCCAGGAGUACGACGCCGUUUUCGCGCAGCUGUUCGGGCAGGAGGAAGGGGCGGCCAUCCCCGCGAAA